CCUUAAAGCAAAUGAAGCAACCCUACCUAGAACUCCACAGCUAGGGACGGGGGGAGGGGGGAAGGGGAGGAGAUUAAUUUGGAAGAGAGAUGUUCUCACUUUGCCUUGAGGUCAGAGCCUAGGCUUUUCCUCCCUCCCAUACCCUACACUCCCCACUAAGCAGACCUUCUCCCCCUCCUAAGAUCCAAUCCAUCCCACCGCCCCCUGGCGUCCAGCUGGAGCGGUACAGCAUGCGGCAAAGCUCUUUGCAUAAAUUAUGUUCAUGACGCAGCAGCAAAAAAAAUUCCCAAGUAGCAGGAGGGAAAAAAGACGAGGGGAAAAACGGGGGGAAGGGGGAGAGAGAAAGGUUUUUAAAAAAAAGAAAAGAAAAAUUUUUAUCCGACUGUCCCCCUUCUUUCCCUCGCUGCUCCCCAGCCGCGCCCCUCUUGCCCCCCCCCCGCCCUUGACAGCCCUCGGAGUUCCCCCACUUUCACUUGCCCUCCCACUCCCACCCAGCGCUGGCCGGGGGUCUCGGGACGCGCGGACUGACUGCGGGUCCGGGCCGGCUCCGCGGCCGAGCCUAGCCCAGGAGAGCCCGAUCGCGCUGGCUCCUUUGUCUGCAGGCAGCCCCGGCCCCCGGGCCCCCGGGCCCCGAGGCCCGGACUGUGAGAUGAAUCCCUAAUAGGGGGGCGCCGAGCAUCGGGGGCGAGGCAGCGGCGGCUCCGGCUCCGAUGGAAUCCUGAACCUGGGAUGAGACUAAGGAUGUACCACAUUGGUCUUUGCCAUGAACCAUUGAACUGGAGUAUUUUUUAAACUGUAGAGCAGAAGCCUCUUUCACUCUAAAGAAAGACUUUUUUAAAAGUCUCAAGCUGUAGAGAUGAGGAACUUAUUACCAAGGAUGUUCUGCUUAGUGAGCUUGCCCCACCACCAUACCCACUCCAAGUGACCAUGGAUCCUGGAGCAGGGACUGACACAUCUCUGACUGUCAAUGAACAGGUCAUCGUGAUGUCUGGUCAUGAGACAAUCCGAGUACUGGAAGUUGGAGUGGAUGCCCAGCUCCCAACUGAAGAAGAAGGCAAAGUCCUGGAGAGUCUGGCGGCUGACACCUCCCAGAGUGGUGUCCCCACCGAGGCAGACAAGUCCACCCAAGAAACAGGGCCAGAAAAUCCAAAUCCUUCUGCAGAGGCAACUGUGAAAUCACUGACUGGGAUCACACCUAGCCCUGUGCCCACUGCUGCCACCUUUAACCAAGUACCUAGUCAGCCUCCAGCACCACAGACCCUGACACCAUUAGCUGUACAAGCCACUUCCCAGGUCUUGACUCAGGAAAACUUAGCAACAGUUCUGACAGGAGUAAUGGUUCCAGCAGGAGCUGUUACUCAACCUCUUCUUAUCCCCAUCAGUAUUGCAGGUCAAGUGGCUGGUCAGCAGGGGCUGGCCGUGUGGACAAUUCCUACAGCAACCGUGGCUGCCCUCCCAGGACUGACCGCUGCUUCUCCCACGGGGGGGAUUUUCAAACCACCUUUAGCUGGUUUGCAAGCGGCUGCUGUCCUGAACACCGCUCUACCAGCUCCUGUGCAGUCUGCACCACCCCUGCAGGUUUCCCCGCCUGUCCAGUCCCGGCCUUCUGCUGCCCAGUCCCAGGCGCUGUUCCAGCCCCAGACACUGCUGCAGACCCCACCUGCCAUCCUGCCACAGCCUGCUGCCACCCCUACCCCCAAGCCAGCAGACACUCCUACGCAGAUCACAGUCCAGCCUGCAGGCUUCACAUUUAACCCAGGAAUCAUCAGUGCUGCCUCCCUUGGGGGACAGACCCAGAUUUUGGGCUCAUUGACCACCACCCCCGUGAUCGCCAAUGCCAUUCCCAGUGUGCCUGGGAUCACGAGUCAGAUCUUGACCAACGCACAAGGGCAGGUCAUUGGAACUCUUCCAUGGGUGGUAAACUCAGCCAGCAUAGCAGCCCCAGCUCCAGCACAGAAUCUGCAGGUCCAAGCUGUGACCCCUCAGCUACUACUGAAUGCCCAGGGCCAAGUGAUUGCUACACUGGCCAGUAGCUCUCUUCCCUCUGCAGCUGUCCGGAAACCCAGUACCCCAGAGUCACCUGCCAAGAGUGAGGUGCAACCCAUCCAGCCCACACCAGCCAUGUCCCAGCCAGCUGUGGUCAUCACCAGCUCAGCCCCAGUGACCAAACCUUCUGCUUCUGCUCCUAUCCCUAUUACCUGUUCAGAGACUCCUACUGUCAGUCAGCUGGUGUCUAAGCCCCAAGCCCCAAGUCUGGAUGAAGAUGGGAUAAACUUAGAAGAGAUCCGGGAGUUUGCUAAGAACUUUAAGAUCCGGCGGCUCUCCCUGGGCCUCACCCAGACUCAGGUGGGCCAGGCUUUGACUGCCACAGAAGGACCUGCCUAUAGCCAAUCAGCAAUAUGCCGGUUUGAGAAGUUAGACAUCACUCCUAAGAGUGCCCAAAAGCUGAAACCUGUGCUGGAGAAGUGGCUGAACGAGGCAGAGCUUCGAAAUCAGGAGGGCCAGCAGAACCUGAUGGAGUUUGUAGGUGGAGAGCCCUCCAAGAAACGGAAACGACGCACGUCUUUCACCCCGCAGGCCAUUGAGGCCCUUAAUUCUUACUUCGAAAAAAAUCCCCUACCCACCGGUCAGGAAAUCACGGAGAUUGCUAAGGAGCUCAACUAUGACCGAGAAGUUGUGAGGGUCUGGUUCUGCAAUCGUCGCCAGACACUUAAGAACACCAGCAAGCUGAAUGUCUUUCAGAUUCCCUAGGGGCUCCGUGGAGAGGACCAACCCCCUCCCCCAAUGGCCUGCGUUUUAGCACUUUGUAUUCCUCCUCUGUCACCCAGCUGGCAACUGCCACUCCCCUACUGCAGUCAGCCCUUCAUUUGGUAUAACUGCAUUAAUCUUGGGUCAUGUUACCCAUCAGGGGUCUGCUUGCAUGUCCCAUGCCCAGCUCCUCCCUCCACCUGUGCCCCACGGCAGGGAGAGGGAAGAGAGGCAGUUCUGAGAGCCUCAGGUUCUUGGUGGAGGAGCCAAGCCAGAGGAGCUAAUGAUCUCUGGAGAAAAGCACUUUGCAAAAGUGGUUUUAUGGGGGGAAUCCUAAUUGGGAACCUAAAUGCCUACUCCUAUAAGGGGUUAGCAAGUCCGAAGGGACACUAACCAUUACAUUCUUGUUUUCUAUAACAUUCUCUGUCCAACUCCCACUUCUCUGUGGUUGUGUACAGAGGAGGCACAGCCUCAUUCAUUUUCCUGACCUUGUCAGGUACCCUGUCCCUUUUCAAGGACCCACAAGGGCAGAAAUAAAUGAAGUUUGGGGUGCUAUUCAGAAUACAUGCCCCUGAAUGCUGAGCUCCUUUGUCACAUGUCUGCUACCACUCCUUUAUCCUUUCCAUUCCUGUCCUUGUUCCUUUGGAAACAAAUUGCACUAAUGCAGAUUCCUUCAUUCCAUGGUUCUAAUGGGAGGAAAAAAUCGUGAUUGCUAGACCCCUAGCCAUCAAUGCCUUCAGUGGAAGAGAGAUCCUAGGUCAUUCUAGGGACCAGCCAACCUCCCAGACUUGUAUAUAAUGUCAGCUUUCCCUUAUUCCUUCCAGCCCCAACAUCUAAGAAGAGAAUUAUGCUUAGGAGGGGUGUAUUCCAAAAAACCCCACUGCCCAAGCAGUAAACUUUGGAGAAAAAUGAGAAAAAGAAUGUUGUCUGUCUUCCCCCCUGUUAAGCACAGCACUGGGACCUCCCCAAAAGAGCAAAUUAAAUUAAAAAGAAAAAAAAAAAAAAAAAACAGACAACCAGGCCUGCCUCAGGAAAAGGAACAAAACUCAGCAAGAGCUGAUACUUCUCCUGACAUUAUUCCCUCUUUCUGUCCCUUCCCACCAAAAGAUUGAACUUUUAACUUUCUCAGUUAACUUCUUGGCUUAGACCCUAGAGAUGAGAUUCACUUUGUUCAGAGGCUCAGCCCAAGUCUGUACAUGUAAGUUCACCUUGUUAUACUCCUGAAUCAUUUCAUAUAUGCUUAAGAAACAAAACACUGGCCUGUUUCCUUCUCCAAAAUAUUACUCAGUUGUUUUUUUUUUUUUUUUUUUUAACUAUUAUAGCAUAGAUUCAGCUGUGUGAUUUCAAAAGGUCAGACAGGACUUGUUUCCUUAGAUAAACCUGAUUUUGUUUACACAACUUGCCACUCUGUCCAUCUCCUGAUCUCACUGAGUUAGAUCCCUAACAAUGAAAGAGUAACACUGUAGCGUUAGCCCACUCCCAAGUCACUACAAGCUCUUCCCAUGGUUAGAACAGACUCCUAUCUCUCAAAAGGAGAUUGUCCAUUGCCCAGCUUACCCAAAACUUGGCAUACAUGGAGAGCCAGUUUGGCAAACACGUCAUGCCUUGAUCUUGUUGCUUUCGUUGCAGUUAUAAAAUCCUCUUCGUGCCCCAGAUUCCACUGGCACGCUCUACAUUUUCUCCCUUAUUUCUAACUCCCAGAACUGAGCUCCUCCCAACUAAGACCUCCCAACCCCAUGCACUGUCAACAGUUUUUAAUAGCUCUGUAUCCCUGCCAGUGAUCAAAGAAUAGGCAUGUUCAGGGUUAUUCUUCCUCAUUCAGACCAAAUCAUUGGAAAAAUCACAUUGAAAAAGAAAAGCGUGAUGGUGGUGAGGAGAGACGAGGAUUCCCCUUCACAUUACUUAAAGAAAAAUAUGAAUAUAAGGGAUGGAGAGAGGGGUCAUAGAGAAUUAUGAAUCAACAUCAAAGAGAACAUAGGAAGGCAUCUAGGGAUUCACCUAGAUGAGAUUUCAAUUUAUGUUUCAUUUUAGUCUACAUAAGCACUUUCAGAAUUAGGUUAGAUCCUAAACACUCUCACUGGUGACCAGGACUCAUAUAAAUGAUGCUUAAUAUCUGUGAAUUGCCUUGAACCCCAGCGACCUAGGUGAGACAUAGUCUGACUAGCUUUCAUGAUUGGGAAAUGUGAUGUCACUAAUAGUGGAAUAAAUCUUAUCUUCUAUUACUCCCCUGGAAAAAUAAACAGACAACCCCACAGACCAAUGGGAAAAUAAUUGCUAACAUUCAUAUAGCACUUUAAUAUUUGCAAAGUGCUCAUUAUCUGUUAUCAUCAAAUGAUCAUUUGAUCAUUACAAAAUGCCUCACUGCUCUUUGAGGUAACUCUGUUAGUGGGAGUUACAGGUCUCCUUGAAUUGUCUGAUUGAUUGAUUGUCUCCUUGAGAUCUUUUUCACUGUCAGACACUGAGAGCAAUUGGAUUGAAUUUUGGGAGCCUUUCUCUCCACUUGGAGAGUGACUUCUAAGUGCAUCAUGGGGGAGGGAAGAGGAAGAGAAAUGACUGACUUUCUCUUUUUUCUCUCUUCUUUAAGAAGAAAGCCUAACUAGCUUUAAGGAGCUGAUCUUUGGCAGCCCUAUGCUGGGCACAAGAAUGUGAUAUUCCAUUUCAGAAAAGAACAGAAUAUUGAUUCUCAAAAUAGUUGCUUAACAGUGAUUUCUUGGUCAUAAGCUUGAGUGACAUGCAAAACAAAUAGGAUCUAGAUAGACAAGACAACACAACCAGGACUAAGUGUAGAAGGCUGUAUCAUUCCUUUAGAUCAUCUUUGCCAAAUUCAUUUCUUUCUCUCCUUAUCUGUCUGUUAUGGGGCAAGGUCAGACCCUAUGGAGUCAAGUGGCCAUUUUUUUUUCUUUUUGUGGGAUGGGAAGAGAAACAUUUGAUGUAGUUGUGUGAAAUAAACAGUAUUUUUUCUUUUUGUAUCAAUCUAGUUGCUUUUUAUUCACUUAGUGGAAUAAAUUUCUAGGGAAAUCAGUAUCUGAGUCCAAACUUCUUCAGAACAGUAGUAGUAAAUAAGAUCUUUACUUGCCUUUGGGAUUUUCCUUAGUAGAAAAAAUGGAGAGCUGAGACUUAAUGGAUAAACAGAACCUCAUUUCUUGAUUGUAUAUCUGUUAGGAAUUUGAAAUCUUUAUGUUACUUUUCUGGUAACAUCUACUUAGCCUUUGCUGGUAUGAAGUGAGCUUCACCAUUCCCUUUUCUCCCCCCCAACCAUAGCCUCCCCAAAAUGAUCAGAUAACUCUGAGAAAAAGCCCUUAAAUUCCUUUCAAGGUCUUGAGAUCAAAAGAAUCCUAGAAAUUUUGCUCAUUACAAAUUAUUGAUAUAUUAUUUUUACAUCACCUAGAUUUCCCAAUAUUUUCAAGAGAGAAAAGCAAUUUAACAAAACUAAUCAACUUAUCAAAAUAAGCAGUGCCGCCCUCUCAAAGUCCCUAAUCACUGCAAAGAAUCAGAGGAGGUACAUUCUGAUAUCUCUUCUUUGGGAGCAAAUUUGGAUAUAAUAAUUUCACAGCAUUCAAUUUUGAUUGUUUUGUUAUUAUUUCCAUUUAUUGUAGUGAUUGAGAAUAUUGUUUUCCUGGUUCUACUAACUUUCCUUUGCAUCAGUUCAUGUAAGUCUUCCCAUAUGUCUCUGUAUUCAGCCUAUUCAUGUUUUAUUAUAUUCAUGUACCACAGCUUGUCUAGCCAUUCCCUAAUCAGUGAGCAUCUAUUUCAUUUCUAGUUUAAGAUAGGAAGAUGAUACAGUGGAUAAAGUGCUAGACCUGGAAUAAGGAAGAUUUAAAUUCUACCUGAGUUAUCUCAUUUACAAAAUAGGGAUAAUAAUAAUAAUACCUGUCUCCCAUAUGUUAUGAAAAUAAAAUGAGAUAAUAUAUAUAAUGCACUUUGUAACCCUCAAAAUACUAUAUGAAUGCUUACUAUUAUUAUUCUUUGCUACUACAAAAAGAGCUGCUACAAAUAUUUUGGUAUAUAUGGGGAGAAUCAUUUAGUCUUAAAAUUGGAAGCAACUUAAUAAAUCAUCAUUUCCAAUUUUCUCUCCAGCAUCCUGACAGGAGCUGUACAUUGACCUGAUAUUGUGUGGGUAAAUGUCUAGUGGGAUGAUAAGGCAUUUAUAUAAUGAAUGCCACAUAGGGGCCAAAACAAUUUCCUCACCCUUUUAGUUAUCUUCAUUUGGAAGGUGAAGAAACUGAGGCUUAGAGGCAGAGAAAGACUUGUUCACAUAACUAUUUCAUGAUGGCAUUUUGACUGAUAUUCUGUCUACUAUACCACAAUGCCUUCAUACUAGAUCAUCUAUAGCAUAGGUCAGUUCACCCCACCAAAAUCAGAGCUUCUUCCAGUCUGUAUGAUUCUUACUUCCACCAAACCCUCUUGACCCCUAUCUCUCUAUCAACUGAAUAACAAAAGAUGGGCUCUUAACUUCAUGCUACUGAGAGAAUAAGUGUAGAAGACCCCCACUUAGUUGUGCACUGAUACAAUGGAGUAAUAAAAUAUGCAGAAAAGUAAUCUAAGUUCUAAAUGACCCAGAGAAGAAAGACAUAGAUGAGCAGCUCCUAUAAGUGAAGAGGGACAAAGCUACUUUUUCUAGCCGAUUAGCCUUAUGUAAUUCUCAGCCAAUAUAAGAAAUUACCCUUAAUAAUAUCAAGCUAUAAAGGAAGGGGCAAUGUUACAUCCUAAAAUGCUAGAAAUCCUUUCUAGUUAUAUAUAGGGAGGGAAAGUAGCUUUUAACACUUCAGAGGAAUUGCUUCUUGAUUGAAACAGAAGAUUAAAAAAGAACAAAUUGGAAAAGAGAGAGAAGCUGAAGCCUUUUGAAGUUGUCAAGUCUUCCAGAUCACUGAAACUUCUCUUGGUGUUCUCUUUUAUCAGCUCUGAACUAAAAAAGUUCUGCAAAGUACCUCAGUAGAUACAUGGUCAUUUCUCUUGAACUUCUGAAAUGGAUGCUGAUUUAAACUUCAAAAAGGGUCUUUAUUUGUACAUAGAGAAAAUGAUGGAUAAAUUUGAACAUAAAAAUGUUUAUGAAACUGGAAAAAGGUAAGGAGAAAGCAAAGAGUAGCUAGGGCUAUUUAAGCCUUUAGACUCCAAAGAAUUCUAUUCUUCCCACUGUGACUCUUUCCUCCACCUCUAUCCUAUCACCCUAUUCAUUUUCAAAAAGAAAUUGUCUGUCUUUUUGUCUUUUUAAAAGUUUUUUUUUUAAAGAUUGCAAACCUGAGCGUCAAUGCCACUUGACUGUUCCACAUUUUGAAGAUCCGGAGGAGGGGAGUGGAAAUUAAAUGUCUUGUUGAUACUUUUUGUCUUUAUUUCACAGUUCUGCCUUCAAAUUGAACUUACCCUUUGUAACAAAUAAAAAAUACUCAAACAAAAAAAAA